AUCAGUUUGAUAUUUUCUUUUUGGAGAGGGCCACCUGACUUGGAAACUUUAUUUUGAAAACUUAAAGUCCCCAUGUUUUGAGAGAGAACUUAACACUUCGGAGAGUAAGAAAUUAAAAAGUUCCUUGGUUUUACUGCGCAUGUAUUCCUACGCAGGUCAAAGUACUUAACGCUGGGGCUGAACUCAUUGAUACGAGCCACCACCACCGCGUGCGCACUACACACUGACAAACGUCGCCUUGCUGCUGCCUCACCUCUACUGCUCUCACUUUCACAUCGAAGGACUGAAGUAACGGUCACACAAGAUGAGGGAAAUAGUUCACAUGCAGGCUGGCCAGUGCGGAAACCAGAUCGGGGCCAAGUUUUGGGAGGUCAUAUCUGACGAACACGGCAUUGACCCAACAGGAACUUAUCAUGGGGAUUCGGACCUACAGUUAGAGCGUAUCAACGUUUAUUACAAUGAAGCAACAGGAGGCAAAUAUGUUCCGCGAUGUAUUUUGGUCGAUCUGGAACCUGGCACCAUGGACUCCGUGCGUUCUGGGCCUUUUGGUCAGAUUUUUCGUCCUGACAACUUUGUCUUCGGGCAGUCUGGAGCUGGUAACAACUGGGCUAAAGGUCACUAUACAGAGGGUGCUGAACUGGUGGAUUCGGUUCUAGAUGUUGUCCGCAAGGAAGCUGAGAGCUGCGACUGUAUUCAAGGUUUUCAACUGACGCACUCACUAGGUGGAGGCACCGGCGCGGGCAUGGGUACCCUCUUGAUCUCCAAGAUCCGCGAGGAAUACCCUGACCGCAUUAUGAAUACUUUCUCUGUUGUGCCGUCUCCAAAGGUAUCUGACACAGUUGUUGAACCGUACAACGCCACGCUGUCUGUUCAUCAACUGGUGGAGAACACUGACGAGACGUACUGCAUCGACAAUGAGGCUCUCUACGACAUCUGCUUCCGCACGCUCAAGCUGACGACGCCCACUUACGGAGACCUCAACCACCUCAUCUCUGCCACCAUGUCAGGAGUGACCACCUGUCUCAGAUUUCCAGGUCAGUUAAACGCUGACCUUAGAAAAAUUGCUGUCAACAUGGUUCCCUUCCCACGGCUGCAUUUCUUCAUGCCCGGGUUCGCUCCCCUGACAUCGCGGGGCUCCCAGCAGUACCGGGCCCUGACGGUGCCAGAACUAACUCAGCAGAUUUUCGACGCUAAGAACAUGAUGGCUGCUUGUGAUCCUCGCCAUGGCCGUUAUCUAACCGUCAGCGCCCUGUUCCGUGGACGCAUGUCAAUGAAAGAGGUGGACGAACAGAUGCUGAACGUCCAGAACAAGAACAGCAGCUACUUCGUGGAGUGGAUCCCCAACAACGUGAAAACCGCUGUCUGCGACAUCCCUCCACGAGGUCUCAAAAUGUCGGCCACUUUCAUUGGGAACACCACGGCUAUACAGGAACUGUUUAAGAGGGUGUCGGAACAGUUCACAGCCAUGUUCCGCCGCAAAGCCUUUCUGCACUGGUACACCGGCGAAGGCAUGGAUGAAAUGGAGUUUACAGAGGCCGAAUCCAACAUGAACGACUUGGUGUCAGAGUACCAGCAGUACCAGGACGCAACUGCCGAAGAAGAAGGAGAAUUCGAUGAAGAGGAGGAAGAAGAGGCAAAUUAAGAAAAAUGCUUUCUUGGAACAUGGAUAUUAUUAUUCUCCGUCCACUCAUCGUCCAAGAUGAAAGUUGUUACUAAUUUAACAUGCGUUCUUUAGAGACAUUGUUACAUUUGAGGAUAUUUGUAUUUAUCUUUACUAUCUUCAGUCAUUAGAAAGUUUUUUUUUCUAAUGUUUGCACGCUGCUUUUCUCCCCACGAAGUGUUUGAAAGAGCAAUUCUGUAAAGAAAUAGUUCUUUUGUGAAUUCCACCCUAUUUUUUCCGAUUAACAGGGAGUAUCUUUCACUACACAAUCCUCCUAUUAUUCGUGUCCACAGCACGACUUUUCUAUUUUACUUUAGUAAUAAAGGAAAAGUCUCAGUUUGUUUGCACAUUUAAAGUUGUUAGGAAUUUUUUAUUCCACAAUAUAUACAUGUACAACACAAACAAUCGUAUAUAAAAUAAUGUAAAUGAAAGCAAUCUACAUAUACAUAAACAACAUAAUAUACACAUAAGAUAAUAGAAAUAACAAAUAGCAAGGCAAGCCAUCUGCUACAAUACAGGCAAAUGUUUCAUUAACAACUAACUAACCCUGUUUACAAAAACAGCAAAAAGGAGAU